UCAAGCGAGAGAAGAAAGAAUGCUCGUCAUGUUUCAACCGUUGGAAGCAACAGAGCAGUUCCAAUUAAUUAGGAUCAGUUGGUAUUUUUUUACUGAGGAAGAUGACCAGCUUACAGGCCCUUCACUUGUUCCUUUCCCGGACUUUAAAAUUAGCAAUCGUUUGCUCAAUUGAAACGAAACGUUUUGUAGUACGUAUGGGGGCGUAUUCAACACCAACUUUUUCCACUGCAUAGAGGCACGUGAAACGGGAAGAAGAAAAAUAAAGGAUAACUGUACGGGACUGAACGAGUUCUUCACUUACGACAGAAGCAACAAGCCGCCCUUCCGCUCGAAACUUCUUCUAGACGCCCUUCCGCUUGAAAUUUUCCUUCUCUUGUCUCAUACUAAUCGUCAAAAUCUUGGAAUAUUAGUUUAGCUCCCGUGUUGGCCGUGUCAAGUGUUGAAUGGCCACCGUUAUAACGUUGGACGUGCCUAGUGGCUGCUGGAGGAUGCCUUUAUCGAACGACUCGAGAAAAAGUGACGAUUAUCGAGUGAAGUUGCGUGAAGAGUUUCGCUACUUUUUGCGGAGCAUGUUGCAAGUCUGCCCUGCUAUGGACUGCGAGGAGAAUCGCUACUACAAUCAGAGGCACUGUCCACCAGAGCAAGCCGGGCCGGUAUGUCAACGUGGCCCAUUGCAGGAAGCAGAAGAUUUGAAUGGUGUCGUCGUUGAUGUGGGCCAGGUGGACGAACAAGUGGCUACAUUGUGGUGGGCGUUGGCCCAGCAAACAGCUCGUGUUGCUCGUCGGUGUGCGGACAAGAACAACACAACCGUGCCUGUUGUUGAUGCAAUUCGAUCCACUACAGGCGGCUGGAAUGUGUGGGCUCCGGUGACUUCGCUUGCAUCACGUCCCACUACUGAACCAACUUACUCCAUCCUCGGCUGCUUCACCUCUACAGCCGCAGUCGUCGAUCUGACGCUGUCGGGCUGCAACAGCAGUAGCAGCAGUGGCGCAGGUAGCCCCAGUAUUCACAGUGAGACCAUGUCGACAACACCGAUGAGCUCCCCGCGUUUGGUGCGCGAAAUCUGCGAAAAGUAUCCGCCGAUCGCCGGCCAGCGCCCGGCCUCUGCGACGCCUCAGCUGCAAUCUUACGUCUACGAGACUUCACCUUCGGACGCUAAAGGCGUCCAGUUAUUGCGUUACGUCCGCGUCUCUCAGAGCGCCAGCACUGAUCCAUUACCUAGCGAAGGCCAGCUACGUGGUUCCAUGCGUCGUCCUAAAUCGGAAAUCGCCAUUCGAAAAUUCUCCGAUAGCUCUGGUCAACAGCAAAAUGACGACGCUUCAAGCUCAGUGGAUUGUGUACAAUAUGAGAGUCAAGAUCUCGGACGUGAUUACGAGGAGCCAGCAUCUAGCUACUCACCUAUUGUUGUCGUGGCUAUUGAUUUUGGCACUACAUAUUCGGGUUAUGCCUUCAGCUUUAUUCACGAUCCAGAAGAGAUUCAUAUGAUGCGCAAAUGGGAAGGCGGUGAUCCCGGAAUUCCCAAUGCCAAGACACCGACAGUACUAUUACUGAAACCGACGGGCCAGUUCCAUUCUUUCGGCUACACGGCUCGUGACUAUUAUCAUGAUUUGACCACCAGAGAUACUCGCCAGUGGCUCUAUUUUGACAAGUUCAAGAUGACACUGCAUCAUCAGAAACAGCUCGGCAGGAGCACUCUUAUUCAAGCAGCUAAUAAAGUCGAUUCGCUGCCAGCCGUCACUGUGUUCGCCCACGCCUUACGCUUUUUCAAGGAACACGCACUUCGUGAACUGUCAGAUCAGACGGCCAUUCCCAUUCAUAAUGAGGAUAUCCGCUGGGUUAUCACCGUUCCGGCCAUAUGGCGAUCAGCGGCCAAGCAACUGAUGCGUGAGGCGGCCUAUGAGGCUGGCCUCGGUUCUGAUCGUUUACCUCACCAAGUGCUGAUCUCUCUGGAGCCUGAAGCCGCCUCGCUUUUCUGUCGCCAAUUGAAACGACACCAACUGAAAACCGAAAAGCCGGCCGAAUUACAAUUAACUCCAGCCAGUUUAGGCAAACCAGGACCUCUGAAACCAUGGAACAGAAGUGCGCAGAGGGAAUCUAUGUAUGUCGAUGCUGUACUGGAUGUUUGUCCAGGUCAACGCUAUAUGGUCGUGGAUUGUGGAGGAGGUACCGUCGAUAUUACUGUCCAUCAGGUCAUGGACUUAGACGGUCAACAUCUUAAAGAACUUCAUCGUGCUACAGGGGGUCCUUAUGGAUCCAUUGGAGUUGAUUUGGCUUUUGAGCAAUUGCUGGAUAACAUUUUUGGCUCCGAUUUCAUGAACCAUUUUAAAACACGCCUCCCAGCGUCAUACGUCGAUCUGAUGGUUUCAUUCGAGGCUCGCAAACGUCACGCCAGUCCCUAUCGGUGCAAUCCACUCAACAUUGCCUUACCCUUUUCCCUGAUUGAUUGCUUCCGCAAAUACCGAGGACGUGAAGUCGAGUUCGCCAUCCGUAAACAUGGCGAUCCGCAUGUCCGCUGGUCAACUCAAGGAAUGCUUCGUCUCGACCAGGAGGCUAUGAAAUCUCUUUUCCAACCCACAUUACGAGCUAUUAUUGAGCAUAUUGAGGACGUUUUGGUCCACCCGGAUUUGGUCGGUAUUGAUUACCUUUUCCUAGUUGGAGGUUUUGCUGAAUCACCUCUAUUGCAACAAGCCGUACGAUCGCACUUUGGAGAGCACGUCACCGUUAUUAUACCUCAGGAUGUAAGCCUGGCCAUUCUAAAAGGAGCCGUCCUGUACGGUGUUAAUCCGAAUGCCAUUACGGUACGUCGUUCACGUCUGACCUACGGCGUUGCUGUCCUCAACCGCUUCAUUCAGGGUCGCCAUCCGAUAGAAAAACGCGUCGUCAAAGACGGCAUCGCUUACUGCAAAGAUAUAUUCGACAAGUUCGUCAUGGCUGAUCAAAGCGUUAGCAUGGGCGAACGCGUUGUGCGCAGCUACAGCCCGGCCAGACGCCAUCAGCGCCGCAUCGUUCUGAACGUCUUCAGCGCUGAUAACGAUGAUGUCCAGUUUGUUACGGAUCCUGGUGUCCGUAUGUUUGCUACCCUCUCGCUUGACCUGGGCUUUAACUACGCUGUCAAAACACGCCGUGAAAUCCGCGUUACAAUGGAGUUUGGCGACACGGAGAUACGCGCCUCGGCUGUUGACGUUUUCAGUGGUAACACCAUCAAGGCUUCGUUCGAUUUUCUUGAUGACAAGUCUCAAUAGACAUGGAACACUGUGACGUCCAUGUUCACCGCAAAACAAGACUUCACAACAAAGUUCUCUAUACUUGUUUGGUUUCCGGUCUUUUCCUAGCCAAAUGUUAUUGUUCCCAAAGCACUUUUUGACACCCAAUACCGCCUCUUCGCUCAGCAAUUUUCGAGCACGACUAUUCACAAAGGAUUUAAUUUGGCGGGCCAGGAGCUCUUUGACUAAACACUUUUUAGAAAAAUGUCAUCACGCCGAAACAUUAAGAAGAUAAUACAUAUUUUAACGCUUGA